AUGGCUCCCCUAAGGUUCAUCGCUUCCUGUGCUCUGUUGCUCACGGCUGUUUUUGGUUCUCCGUUCCCCCUUGAGGUGAUUGACAUUGAGGAAGGUUUCAUCCCGAUCACCCUAGUCCGUCAGGGUGGUGAUCCUGUCUUCGCGCUGAACAACUCGGUGGUUGGAUACGGAAGGCUCACGGACGUCGGUAUCUCGGUGAACCGGGGUGCCUCUGCAAGGCUUAGAUUUAAUGUUGAAGUGAAUGCUAUUUCCGCGGAACGACUCGAGAACAGUGACAGUACCUUCGAAUCGUCUCUGAAUGAGGAGGAAAGGCAAUCUUACAGGAGUAGGAAGAGUUCGUACUCUGGUGGGCUUGGUGUCUCUUUCCUUGGCGUGCUUGGCGCUAACAUCAACAAGCGUGUGACCAAGGAAUCGAUGGAAUUUGCUCGUUCUUUGGAUGUCAACUACGACCAGAAGAGCACUCUUGCUAGAAAGAUCCUAGAGGACGUGGUGGAGUCCAGAGUGCGAAUCACGGGUGAACUCCUGGCUACCGGUGUGGACCUCAUCCCUACUGUAGCUACGGCACGUGUCAGGACUGCGCGUAUCACGCUUGCUGACAAUAGCCGCCUCUCCGUGGUAUCUAGCACGGCGGAUGAUCUCGUUGCUUUGGAUUCUAAUAAUGACCCUCUCCCGGUCUCCGACAAGGAAUACGAAGUGUUUGACCUGUAGACGGAUAGUGAAAACUGAUGGUGUGGUGCAGUGCCGCCUGGAGAAUUCAAGAACACCUCUUUGAAUCUCAAUAAAAACAGGUUUCCCUUUUCAUAUCUUUG